GCUCUUCCCUCUUUCAACUCUUCUCCUCUCUAUUCUCUAUUCUCUAUUCUUUUGUUUUCUUUUCUUAAUCCAAGAGCACUAACGACACCACCUCUCUUCUUCGAUACUCAUCCUUACUCCACACUCGUCGCUGCUCCUGCUCCUGUUGUUCUGCUCUGCUCUAUUCUCGUGCUUCAAUCUUUAUUCCUACCCCUGCUGCAUUCUGCCUAUCGUUCUCUUGUUGCACUUUUACCUCUUUUUGUAUUGUUUCCUCUACCUCCAUCUUUUAUAUACAUUUUUUUCCUCUUUUUACCUUGUACAGCACUCCCUCAUUCAAUGGCAAAGAGAAAGACCGCUGUAAGGAAGACAAGGCACUCUGCCGGAGGUGACAGUCAUCCCUAUCGUGGAGGGAACAGUAGCAAGCAUGCUUCUGCUUCCCCUUCCCUCGCCUCGUCACCGUCUCCACAACCACAAGAUCUUGUUCAACGGCGACGCAAGGGCACGCCCUUUCGUUCUCCUUCUCAUGGAGACACCUCCAAAGGCAUCGUCUUUGCUUUUCGCAUCAAGAAGGACGCCGAUCUCUCCAUGGCCGUUGACAUUCUGAGUUAUGACCAAGUUCCAGAAGAGGGUUCGGCCACAAAAACAGCCGCCAGUAACAGCAACGACAACGACGCAGAGGCAGUAACAUCAAUGGCAAUGGUAGCAGUAUCUUCGGAAUCAUGUGGACUCCAUGAGAACCACACCAACAAUGUCAGGACAGAAUCCACUAUGACCUCAACUCAUCUCAGAGUAGCAGGAGAGCAAUGGUCAAGCGAUCCAACAUCGUACCCCAGCAAUAAUGUCAUGGACCUGACUCGCAAUAUGUUGAUUCUUCACUCUCGAAAACCUCAUGACUUUACCUCCUCACCCUUGGCUUCCUCGCCAUCCUCACCUUUAUUUCAUCCAUACCGCCGUUCCUCCACGGCGUCUAGGUCGUCGUCCUCAUCGCAGCCAUCGACUCCACCAUUAAGCGAUUCAGGGUCUUCAUCGUCUGCUUCAAGCUCCCCAAGCUCUCCCAGCUUAUGUAGUGAACCUCUCAAUAGCAGCAUCGGUAGUGAAAAGGACCUUUGCGUGCUCGAUGCAUUUCCUCCAUCACCCUUUGAUGCCAUGAGGUCACAGCCGGCUCGCAUGCUCAGCGUCCGAGGUCUUGGGGCAGGAACGAGGAGGAUGCAGGUGUAUUUAGUAUAAUGGGAGGCUGGCUGGGUUGUAAUUUUUUUUAGUUUUUUUUUUUAACUCUUGGUUGCAUUGUCAGGUUAUCAUGGUUUCCUUUUUGUUAUUGUUUGUUUUUGGUUUUGAUUUUUUGGUUGAAUAAAGAUUGCUUGUUUGCUCAUGGCAUAACAGGCCGAUAGUAG